ACAAGACAUUUGAGGACAUCAUAAUUUGCAGAAACACAGUGACGCAAGAUGAUGGCUGCCCUCUGAAAUGAGACGCAAGACAAGGGACGGUUUCUUCCACGUCCCGGUGAUGUCAUGGUGAAAGUGGGCGUCAGGUAGGCGGAACCAGAGCAUCAGGUGGGCGGUGCCAGAGCUGAAGAGCCUGGUUCAGAUUAACAUGAGAGGGAGUGAAAGUUAUCGGUGAAGCUGCAGAGAGAGAGAGACGGUCCUGACUGAACUGCAGCAGGAGAACAAGCCAAGCAAAAUGCAGGCCUCCCACCACCUGCCCCACUGCGCCGUCCUUCUCCUAGUGCUGCUCAAGUUGACCCAGGCCCAGUAUGAGCACCUGGGUUACCCGCUGGGCUACCCAGAACCAGAGCAGGAGCAGUACACUGCCCCGGAGCUGUCGCCGGACACACCCAGGAUCCAGCUCCGACUGGCCGGAGAUAAGAGGAAGCACAACGAGGGCCGCGUGGAAGUUUUCUACAACGGCGCGUGGGGAACCGUGUGUGACGAUGACUUCAGCACGCACGCCGCUCAGGUGGUGUGUCGCGAGCUGGGCUACGUGGAGGCCAUCUCAUGGUCGCCAUCCUCCAAAUAUGGGAAAGGAGAAGGACCCAUCUGGUUCGACAAUCUCCACUGCACCGGCAAAGAGAAGACCUUGGCGCUGUGUCCGUCAAAUGGGAUCGGUAUAUCCGACUGCAAGCACACGGAAGAUGUAGGCGUGGUCUGCAGCGACAAGAGGAUACCGGGAUUUAAAUUUGUCAACACUCUACCCAACCAUGUCGAGAGCCUUGACAUCCAGGUGGAGGACGUGCGCAUACGACCCAUCCUGUCCUCGUACCGCAAGCGCAUCCCUGUGACGGAGGGCUACGUGGAGAUCAAAGACGGCGGACAAUGGAAGCAGAUCUGUAACGCCGAGUGGACGCAGUCUAACAGCAGAGUCAUCUGUGGCAUGUUUGGAUUCCCCGCGGAGAGGAAAUACAACGCCAGAGUCUACAAGAUGUUUGCUCGCAGGAGAAAGCCCACAUACUGGGAUUUCUCCGUCAACUGCACUGGCAGCGAAGCACAUCUGUCCAGCUGUAAACUGGGCCAGUCUGCGAUACUCAAGACCAACGGCACCUGCACUGACGGGCUGCCCGUGGUGGUGAGCUGUGUGCCCGGCAGAGCCUUCGCUCCGGCGACCAUGACGGGAUUCAAGAAGGCUUUCCGACAAGAGCAGGCACUGGUGCGACUCCGCGGUGGGGCCAUCGUAGGCGAGGGCCGAGUGGAGGUGUUAAAAAACGGAGAGUGGGGCACCAUAUGUGAUGAUAAAUGGAACCUGCUCUCAGCCACCGUGGUGUGUCGAGAGCUGGGCUUCGGCACGGCCAAGGAGGCUCUGUCUGGAGGCCGUCUGGGACAAGGAAUGGGCCCGGUGCACAUGAAUGAGGUGGAGUGCACAGGAUUUGAGAAGUCCAUCACAGAGUGCUCCUUCAACAAAGAGUUUCUGGGCUGCAGCCACGAGGAGGACUCUGCCGUCAGAUGUAACAUUCCUGCGAUGGGCUUCCAGGAGCGGCUGCGUCUCAGUGGAGGUCGUAACCCCUACGAGGGUCGCGUGGAGGUGCUGAUGGAGAAGAACGGUUCUCUGGUGUGGGGGACGGUGUGCGGUGAGGGCUGGGGAACCAUGGAGGCCAUGGUGGUGUGCAGACAGCUGGGCCUGGGCUUCGCCAGCAACGCUUUCCAGGAGACGUGGUACUGGCCUGGACAGGUGGGUGCAGACGCGGUGGUGAUGAGCGGCGUCCGCUGCUCUGGCACCGAGAUGUCCCUGUCCCACUGUCUGCACCACGGAGCUCACCUCAGCUGCGCCAAAGGAGGAGGACGCUUCGCCGCCGGAGUCUCGUGCUCGGAGACGGCUCCAGACCUGGUGCUGAACCCUCAGGUGGUGGAGGAGACCACCUACAUGGAGGACAGGCCCAUGUUCAUGCUGCAGUGUGCGUACGAGGAGAACUGCCUGGCGUCCACGUCCGGUCAGGUGCCGGCCAACUCGUACCGCCGCCUGCUGCGCUUCUCCUCGCAGAUCCACAACAACGGACAGUCGGACUUCAAGCCCAAAGCCAGCAGAGAGUCGUGGGUGUGGCACGACUGUCACAGACAUUAUCACAGCAUGGAGGUGUUCACUCACUACGACCUGUACAGUCUCAACGGAACCAAAGUCGCUGAGGGACACAAAGCCAGUUUCUGUCUGGAGGACUCUGAGUGUGACGAAGGGAUUGAGAAGAGGUAUGAAUGUGAGAACUUUGGAGAGCAGGGCAUCACCGUGGGCUGCUGGGACACGUACAGACACGACAUCGACUGUCAGUGGGUCGACAUCAGUGACCUCGUACCUGGAGAUUAUAUCUUUCAGAUCGUAAUUAAUCCAAACUACGAGGUGCCGGAGUCGGAUUACACCAACAACAUCGUGAAAUGCAGAUUCCGUUACAACGGCCAGCGCGUGUGGACGUACGGCUGCCACAACGGUGGCUCAAUAAGUCCAGAAACAGAACUGACGUUUCCAGGACUCCUCAACAACCAGGUGACCCACAGGUAAAGACAAAAUAAAGCAGAGGAAGAGGAGUUCACUAAAAUACAGAGUUAAACUCUUCACAGCUCCACUGGUGGAGGAUCUCAUCUUCUUGCAAGAAGAACAUGGUCCUGGUUUAAUUCUCUUUUCCCUUCAUUUGUGCGGCAGCAGCAGCAGCAGCUUCUUUUUUAGUAGAAUAUUUGAUUUCUCCGCCUGUCCAAACAGGACAAACACUUCUU